UUCCUGAUGAUAUGGUGGGGAUGGCUGGCAUUUAAUACUUCGUCUAACUACUCCGUCUCAGGUCAGCAAUGGACAGAAGGAAGCCGAUCCGCUGUUGGGACUAUUAUGGCGUCAGUCGGUGGCGGAAUGGUUACAGUACUGAUUUCACGAUACACAACAAAAAAGAUCGAAGUCGACAUGUUCAUAGAUGGACUACUAGCUUCCUUAGUUUCGAGUACAGCCGGCUGCCUUUUCUACACCCCAUGGCAAGCUACGUUGGUAGGAGCGAUCGGAUCAACAUUAGCCCUGAUAGCUUAUCCAGUGUUGGAGAAAGCAAAGAUUGAUGACCCAGUUGGUGUGAUUCCUGUACAUGUGGUUGGCUCAGUGUGGGGAAUGAUCAGUCCAGCGCUAUUCGUCUGUCGCGAUUUCGGUUUGGAACAACAUAAGGUUACCAACGAGAACGAUCUCUCAGGACUCCUCUACGGUGGAGGGGUGACGCUACUGCUCUAUCAGCUUGCAGCUCUUGGGGCGAUAGCGGUUUUCAGCGCAUUCAGUGCAUUCACAAUACUUUGGACGUUACAACAUUCACCAAUCGGUCUUCGUCUAUCACGACUCGACGAGGAACUCGGCGCCGAUCUCAGAGAGCACGGCCUCGCCGGUGUCAAUGUAAUGGCAUACACUAUCGAGAAAAAAUUGACUGCUAAAACGCUAAGUUCCGUGCUGAUGGUUAUUCUUCGAUGGCGAGCGAAGGCAAAGUUGGGAGCUGCCAGACGUCGACGCAUAGCUGAUGCCGGUCAACAGUCCGAAACAUCGAAAGGUGUCGAAAUGACACGGCUUCAAAAACGAAACGUGGCCAAUACAAGUCGAUCACCAUCUCAGCUUAGAGCUGCUUGA